CACAUUCCAGUAUUUACCCAUAGCAGGGGUGCACCUCCUUUCAAGUUAAGAACGCACCAAACGUGCUCGUAACUGGAAUGCGUGGGGAACAACCGCUGCUUUACAAUUUUCUUAACGUUCUCUCACAUACUAGACCUGCUACCACCACGUACGCACACAUAUUGGUUUUUCCUGUUUUCAUACUCAGAGGUCGUAAUCCCCUGCGAUUCAAAUUCAGCAGCUUAGUAGUUAAAGCUGAGCCGAAUGCGUUGUUUUCUGAUCUGUGUGUCGCUCUCACUUCACCAAGCGCCGCGGCACUAGGAAGAUGGCGACGGAGGGUGCAAGCGGAGAGAAGCCUCCUCCUGUUCAAACGCUUGCAACUGCGGUGCAUGGAAGCAUAGAAGCGAAAUGUGAAUUUAAUGUGGACAACCUGAGUAAGCCGGAGCUCCUGACGCUGCUCAGCAUCAUGGAGGGGGAGCUGGAGGCACGAGACUUGGUCAUCGAGGCUCUGAGGGCCCGCAGGAAGGAGACGUUCAUCCAAGAGCGCUACGCCUGCUUCACCAUCACGGACCCCUUCCUGGCCCUGCAGCGUGACGGACAGCCCGGGGGAGGGGACAAGGAGGGGCGGAGCCUAGGCGCCAGCCCCAUCUCCGUCCUGGAGGCUGUCAUGGCCCACUGCAGAAAGAUGCAGGAGAGGAUGUCUGCGCAGCUGGCUGCAGCCGAGAGCAGGCAGAAAAAGCUGGAGCAGGAGAAGGAGCAGCUGCAGAGCCUGCAGCAGGAGCACAGGAGGCUGACUGCGCAGCUGAAGGACGAGCGCGAGAAGAACAAGCACAUCGUCACCAUGCUGGUGCGGGAGUGCCGGCAGCUGGCCGCCCGCGUGGUGGAGGAGAGCCAGAGGUUCGAGGAGCUGUCAGCCCGCCUGCAGGAGGAGGGCAAGGCCUCGGGGCAGCUGGAGGAGGACCUGAAGGCGGAGCGUCAGAAGGGCCAGCAGAUGGAGGCGCAGAUGGAGAAGCAGCUGUCGGAGAUGGACGUGGAGCGGGAGCAGUUGAGGGCGUGUCUGGGGCGGGAGGAGGCGCGCUGCGCGGAGCUCAAGACGGAGAGCGAGGGCCUGCGGAGGCAGCUGGAGGAGCUCAGGACCAAGAGGGGCGCGAAGGCCCCGUCCCCAACGAGCACAAGCCUCGCCACGGCGACCGCGGCCAAGGCAACCGCCUCUGUCGCCGUGGAGACGGACCCCGUGAGCUGGCGGGCAGCCUCGUGCCAAACGGACCUGGCCGGGGAGUUCGGGGCCGAGGGUCUGAAGAAAGCCGUGCCCGCCAAAACACCUGGCGGGAACUACGGCACCACGAACCUGCCCAAAACUGGCGGGAUGCCACGGGGUCCGGGCUACAGCAGCCCGGGGGGGCUUCUUCAGGCCGAGAACGGGCCGUCUGGAGGCGAGUCCCCACCCACUUUCGCUCCCGCCACGCCCAUUCACAGUUUACACUCGCCGGGCACGCCCACCUCCUCCCUGCCCACGGGAGUCAGCCCCCGCGUCCAGGCCGCCCGCUACAAGUUCCAGACGCCCCCCCCGGAGCAGGACCAAAACGGCACGGGCGCCCAGAGCCCCCGGUCCCGAGACGUGUCCCCCUCCAACAGGGAACUGGUCGCCAAGCAGCAGGCCCGACACACCGUCACCCAGGUCCUCUCCCGCUUCACCAGCGGGCCAGCAGGGGGCGCUGUGCGGCCCGGCCUGCCUCACUCCACCUCCGAGGGGGGGCCCUUCCCCGGACGGCUCGGCCACGCGCAGAUCAAGUCCCCCACGUCGGGCAAGAUCGACCGGGGCAACCCCCCGCCCGUCCCGCCAAAAAAACCGGGCCUCUCGCAGGCCCCCUCCGCGCCCCACCCCCCUAUCAAAGUGGUGGGCGAUGGCAGCAGGUCCCCCGCCUCCGGUGUGGGGGUCCCCUCAAAGCCAGCCACGCCCAUGCUCCCACCCAAACCCGCCCUUGACUUGGCGGGAACAGGUGGGGCCAGUCCUGUCCCAGCCUUGACUGCAUCUCAGGUGGGUGCCCACCCCCAUCCGGGGCAGGAGCCGCAGUGGGCCGCAUGUGCAGAGUGCCACCCUGUCGCCGUCGCUGUUGUCAGUAGCCCCCCCAUAAACCCUGUUAGCGCUUCAUCCUGUAGACCCUGUGAUUCAGACAGACCCCUGGCAGCAGCUUCAGGCUGGACUUCCUCCAUAGCCCCCUCCCUCCCCAGUGGUGACCCCGCCCCCCUGGCUGACGGGUGCACCCCCCUCCUCGAAGCUGCUACCCAGGGAAACGUCACUUUACUGUCAAUGCUGCUUAACCCAGAUCCAAAGGAUAUUAGUCACACCCAUGAGGACACAAAUGCUGCCUUGUUCUCUGCUGCUCAAAAUGGACACACAGACUGCAUUAAGCUGCUGCUGGCUGCAGGGGCGUCUGCUGAAGCUUCUGAUGCAAACGGAUUAACACCUUUACACACGGCCGCUGCCCAUGGACAUUUCAGGUGCUUGGAGCUGCUGCUGGGCGGGAUUGCGGAUGUGAAUCGGGUGGCCGCGGGGGGGCAGAGCGCUCUGUUUCUGGCGGGCUCCAGUGGCGAUGCGGAGUGCGUGAGAGCUCUGCUGGACGCUGGCGCUGACCGCUCCCUGGCCACUGCAGAUGGAGACACUGCUCUCCAUGCGGCGGCUGCCGGAGGUCAUGUGGGCUGUCUGGAGCUCCUGCUGUAUCACCCUUCACGCCAAGAGAGCAGCGUCCUGACCCUCACUAACCGAGAUGGCUGGACACCUGCCUACAUCGCUGCUGCUAACGGCUACAAGAAGUGCCUGGAGCUGCUGUGUGGCCACAGCCCUCACGACCUGGAGCAGAGAGACGCCUGCAACCGCACCAUCCACCACGUGGCCACCGACGACUGCAAGGACCUGCUGGAAAAUCUCUACUCCUACAGGGUUCUGGUCCGGAUCCAGGGCGGCUCGGAGGAGCAGAUUUGCAUGGUCGACGUGCUGGAGGACGGCCCCACGGUCGGCGCGGUCGCGGUUCACAAGGACACGCGCUGGGAGGAGCUGAGUCUCGCUCUGACCGGGACGCUGUCGUCGCACUUCCUCCUGCUGACCGCUGGCGAGGACGGCGGCAGGGACCUGGGCCUGAGCGCUGACAGCGUCUCCUCCAUCCUGAUUGGAAAUACUGUUUGGAGCAUGGACCAGGAACCCUCACAGUCGCCAUGGGACUUGAUCAGAAAGUGUCACUGUCAACACAUCACAGUCAAAUUGAAAGGCCUGCAGGAGUCGUCCCUGGAUGAGCUCGCGUACGACUCCCUCAUACCCCUUCAGCUGCUCAAUAACUAUGUCCGCCUGGUGGAGCAAUACCGUAAUGUUAUCCUCCAUGGAUUGGAGGGUAGCUGCCAGGGGUAUAUUGCCAACCAGAUAUCACUCUGCAUCAAGCACAGGCAGGAGGCCAUGGGGGUGGGAUGUGACAUCAUCACUGUGGAAAUGGAGGAGGACCUGUCCAAGGAGCAGCUUCUGGAGACCUUCAUCAACUGUGGGUUCCUGGUCCCGGCAAACCAAGCUGCAGCCGGUCGCAGUGUGGUGAUGAUUCUGGAGGGUCUGGAGAAAGUGCGCUCUCUGUCUGAGCUUCUGGGUGACCUGUGUGACAGUCUGGAGACCCGGGGUGUGGUUUACCCUGUUCCCCUGCUCCAUGCUCAGGAAGGCAGCUGCCUGCAUCACUUCCAGGAAGGAGGCUUUCUGAUUGGCACACUGUCUAAGCCCCACCUCCAAGGGGCGGAGCUGCUGCUGCAGCAGCACUUCCGCUGGGUCCAGCUGCGCUGGGACUCGGAGCCGCUGGCCGGGCUGCUGACGCGGCACCUCCGCAGGAAACUGGUCCACAAGAUGAAGGGUCAGGUCCCGACUCCGACCGAUCUUCUGUGGAGAACCAUGGCCUGGGUCUGUUCUGUGUGGCAGCAGCUCAACUCCUGUGUGUCCCGCCUGGGCACCCCUGAGGCCCUCAUGGGGCCACAGAUGUUCCUGUCCUGCCCUGUGAUCCCAGGGCAGACCCAAGCCAUCGUCAAAUGGCUCACCAGGCUGUGGAACUUGGUGGUAGUCCCAAGGGUGGAGGAAGCCGUCAUCUCCAGGGUAACUGUGAGGAAGAGUCCGGCCCAGCAACAGUCACCAGGCAACAGCAACAGCACCCUGAGCCCCAGCCAGCAGGCGGUGGUCAAGGCUGCCCUCAGCAUCCUAGUCAACAAAGCCAUCCUCCAGGGCUGCCCACUGCCCCGCCCAGAGGUAGACAAGCACCUGGCAGAGUUCCGGGGCAGCAGGUUUCCACUGUCGGCACUGGGCUCCUACAAGGGAGCAGGAAGAAGGAAGGGGCGGGACAGCGCGGCAUGGAGGCGGGCCAACACCAGCCCGCGCAAGAAGAGCAGCCCGCUCUCUGGCUGGGCUUCCGGCGGCAGUUUGAGAGAGGGUUCACUGUCCACCACUGACCUCCACUUGAGCAGGAAGAGCACCACACCUCAGAGCUGUGCAGCCGGAGAGCCUUCCCGAUUCUCUUUGGUUUCGGACGACGAGACAGACCUGAUGCUGCAGCUGCAGACCAUGUGCUCCAGCAAGUCUGAGCCGGACAUCAGAAAGAUACCUCCCUCCAGUGAGGACUUCAUCGUGUUUCCAGGCACCCGCAGUGGACAAACGACACUACAGGAUAACAAUGAGGAGCCUGCACAGACUCCAGCAAAAGGAAGACGCCACUCCAGCAGCCACGCCCCUGGCACCCUCAGCAGUGAGAAACGAACAGCACGACUCAAAUCCCAACUCCCCAUCCCAAGCAGCAAGAGCCUGCAGGGAGAGCAGAGUACCGGAACCAACAGCAGAACCAGCAGCAAAACAAGGCAAGCCCCGCCCAGCAACAACAACAACCAAUCACAAGACAUCUGGAUCCUGCAGAGAGACUUGCAUGUAAACAACAAUAAAUAGCCCCUCCCCAACUUUUUUUGGGUUUCAUUGCUAUGUUGUAAUGUAGCAUUACAGCCUCUGUAUCUGUACUUUGUUAUCUGUACUUGUUACAAUGUGUAACAUCGUGUGUUUGGGGACCAGAGAUUUAUUAUAAAACAAAGAUGUGAAUUUCAAGGAAAACGCAAAACAAAAGAGCAAACUGUUCGUUAUUUUAAGGUGAAUACAUUUUGGAUAAUUUCAAAAGCAGGUUUUUUUUGGUAUUGAAUAUUUUAAAAUAUAAAAGUGUUUUGUUUAAAUGGUUGCAAAAUAGUUUAAAACAAAGUUGGAAUGAAUCAGGGUUUUACCAAAUAAGUGUAAAUAAGAUUUAGAAACAUAUAUGUUAGACAAAUUGCUGUCAGUGGUAUUGAAUUUGUACAGUAGACUUAAAAAAAAGACUGUACAUAUGUUUGUAAUAUGAGAAUUAGGUUCCUAAAUGUUCACUUGUUUCAAAGUGAAUGGAAUGUGGCAAUAAGUACUGUAUUUGCAAACAGGACAUUUUCUCUCAACUGUAAGCCAUAAUAAACACUUUGACUAGCCAUGUCUACCUAGAGGCAUGGCUCCACCCAUUUCUCUCUUUUCCGAUUCAAAGCAGCACAUCAUUUUUUUCUCUGUUCCAUUUUCUGUGACUUGUCACUUUAAAUUGUUCAUAUGUACAGAUGAUAUUUUUAGACCUGUGAAGUGAAGUGUAAUAUACCUAUCGGCUGAGUGUGAAAGAAAUGUCCUGCUUUCAACAAAACCUGCACUGUUAUUACCACGUCAUUUUCACAUGUUUAUUUUCCUGUGGAAAGGAACCCUUAUUGUUUGGGUUUCUCUGUCUCUGAAAAGGUAUCAAAAGAACAUUUUGUCAAUUCCUAUGAAAAGACUCUUAAAUUACACUGUAAAAAAUAUGUUGCUAAUGUGCCAAGGUAGAUACUUACUGUCAUCAAGUAUAUUUGUAACGGGCCAUUACAAAACUAUUUAUCAAUUUUAUACAUUAAAUUAAAUUACAUAUCUGUCCAGCGAAAUCAAGAAAGCUGACAGAUAUCCAGUUUUGAAGCACUGGAGUUAACGCUGUAUUAAGGCAAACAUUUUUCAUAGCACUGAUACUCUUACUUCCUUCUCUGUCCCCAUUGUGAAAAAAAACCAAGGAGUAUCUGUACCUCGUUACAUAAAGUGCAUUCGAUAGAAAAAUAAUGAUGUCGGAAGUUAAUCAUUUGUCCGUACUGUCAUCCAUUUCAUUCAUUUUAUUUACAAAAUAAAAUAUGCUUCCACUAGUGUAAGGCAGGAAUAAUUCAAAAAUAAAAUCACUUGGGAAAAGGGAAUUGUAAAAAAAUAAA